CAACAACAAUACAUUGUUCUUUACUAAAUGACAAUUCUAUUCACAACUACCCUAUGGAUGAUAAUAUUAAAAGUAAUACCUUAAAAUAUUACAGGUUAAGCAAUAAAAUACUCAAUAAAGUUGAGUUGUAUUAUCAAUGUCAUAUUCAACCUAACCCUGGUUGCAUGGUUGAACCUGUAAUUGGAGACAUGGAUAGUGAACUUAAAGGGAUUUUUUGGCAGUUAGAUGAACAAGUACAGUUAUUAACAAAGUUUGGUGAUCUUUUUACAUGUCUCAAAAAAGGAAAUCCAAAAUAUGAGCCUGGUGUUAUUUUUUCAGAUUCUGAUCCUGCAAUAACUACAGCGAUUGCUAAGAUAUUUACAACAACUUACCACCACCUUUGUGUAUUUCAUAUUAAUAAUAAUAUAAAAAAAAGGCAUAGUCAAAACUUGCAACAAAUUCAACAAGCACUUUGGUAUAGGUGUUAUUCAUAUAAUAUUUUACAAGAACAUUAUGACAAUAAACCUGAACUUACUGAUGAAUGUAUUGAAGACAAUUAUGACUCACAACAAAUACAUAUUAACUCUAUGCUAAACAAUGUGUCAGACAAUAAAAUUCAAGAAGCUUGGCGUGUAGUUAGACUUAUAGUUUCUGCAAAUAUACACUAUAUUUUUAUAUUUAAAGAUAGUUUAUUUUUAUGUACAUGUACUUGGCCAGUUAGUCAUAGAAUUGUAUGCCAGCAUUACUUUGCUGUUCUUUUAGAAUCAAAUGUAGCUAUUUUCCAUAUCUCAUUUAUAAUGCAACGAUGGUAUAAAGAUGCAUAUUUUAAUGAACUAGAAGACACUUUCAAUAAUAUUUUACUAAUUCAACUACAUAAUAAUAAUCCUAAUAGACCUGUUACACCAAUUUAA